AUGAGCGCCUCCCUUUCCCUUUCCAAGUCUGCGAUUGACGUAGAGGACACCAAGUUGCAACAGCAAGCAGCGGCAGAAGAUGAGAUUUGUUUUAUUGGCUACGUGUUGGACCAGUACUGCAUCGAUCGGGGUACCCUUCUGGACAAUUACCAAAUCGAGUCUCUUUUGGAACCCCAGCGUCAUUCGAUUCAUUGUUUGGUCGAUGUCGCACGAUGCGUGCACAGUGGUUUCCAAAUGCUCGAAGAGCCUACCGGUAUUGGGGACAAUGCCGACCGAUACUGCCGCGCCUUUCAGUUGGACGACUAUGGCAAUGAGUUGAUGUUGCAGUUUGCCAGGUCCACCGGCGAACAGGGAUAUUGCUCCACUUGCACGGGUCCUCCCGGGGCACCUUCCAGAGGAUUUCGAGCCACUGUCUACGGAAAAAUAAUGCCACAAUCCACGUCGCCGCCAGUGCUACAAGUGACACGAGUCGAGUCCAUUAGGAAUGGAUGCCAAGGACUUGCUCCGUAUUUACCUCCCGCGGAAUCGCUGAGUUGCGAAAGUGGAUCUUUCCUACCCUUUGUGGCGGCUCAUGGCUCUCUGAUGCUCAUAAGUUGGGGAUUUUUAAUCCCACUGGGAGUCAUUUCGGCACGGCUGCUCAAACAGUUCCCCCACCAUUCCACUCUUUGGUUCCAUGUUCAUCGUGUGGUGCAACCACUGGGUAUUCUCACGGGAUUGGCAGGAUGGAUCACUGCAUUGGCAGGACCUUUUAACAUCCUGGGAUCGGGUGUCUACGAUGCACAGUUUGCCCAUGCCACUCUAGGAACCAUCGUCAUGGGUCUGGGAUUGCUCCAACCCAUAAACGCUUUCCUGAGGCCGCACAAGCAAAGCAAUGACGACAUUGUGGACAAUCUGCCGGAUGAUUCCUCUCUCAAGAAACGACGACAUUGGGAGCUGCUGCACAAGACAAUCGGUUAUUUGUCAACCUUGUUUGGAAUGGUGAAUUGUUUCAUUGGAAUGGCGCUGAGUGGCAAGUAUCAGGACAAAUUCUUCAACUCCAUUGUGGGUCUUUGGGUAUCCUUGGCAUUUUAUGGCAUCGCAUUGAUUGCCUACCGAUGGUAUGUGGCUUGUACUAAUAGUAGCAUGGAGCCAGCAACUUCCGACGAACAAGAUAUCAUUGACCAGGUGGCAGCCGAUCCCAUUGAAAUUGAAAUUGAUACUGAUGAUUGCAUCGAACAUCAGGCGGGGUGA